CGCAUCAGUAGCUCGGCAUCGUUUCCCUCGAGAACAACAACGGUCGGUUGGCGCGUCGUAUUCCGAAAAGUGUCUGGCGCCGCGUGGACAGAUUCGCGAUUUACCUACCUACUACCUCUACUCCAUUCCAUCGCUUGGUGACGUCGUAGGAUUUGUGAUGGGAAAAAUAAGAAUCAACUCACACUCUGCGGGAAGAUUAAUAUGAGUAGGUACGGGUGAAAAAAAAAUGCAAAACAAUUAUUUCGGUCUACUGAAACAUCUGUAUAGCUUAUGCGAUUAAGUGUGGGGUAUGUUUUUGGCGUAGACAGGCCAGUGUGAUCCAAUCGGCGCUUAGACAGAUUUUGGGGGGCAGGUUUCGGACCUCGUUGUUGGCAUUUUUUGAUACAUGAAUGGAGAUCAUCGAGCGCUCGAUUUGAGAAACUUCUUCGUGGGAUAAUUGGUGGCACAUUUUUUUCUCUUGUAGCUGAAGUGUCAUUAUUAUUAUUUGAGUGAAAAUUGUUCGCAAGCAGGAAGUGGAAGAAAAGCUAAAUAGCUGUGAAAACAACAACUAGAAACACGACAAGCACGAUCUGGUCGUAAGUAAGCUGCUCGUCGUGGGAUAAUAGAGCUCGAAAUGAGCGCGCAAAUAAAUAAUCUCACAAUUUAGUGUGAUAAGUGAUUUUGCGCUUAACAUUGUGUGUCUCGGUUGAUCCAGUCGUGGCGGCUAUAAUAAGAGUAAGAAGAGUCUGAUGCAGUUGCUGAACCUUUCGGAAGACUCGAAGCAGUACUUAAACAUGGAAAACCUGUCCAAAUUCGAGGAACUGGAACGGGAAAUCCGCCGAAUCGACAUCGACGCCGAUACCAUCCAGGUUACCUACCAUCAGAAGAAAUUCGCCGAACUAUUUCAGCGGCACAUAGCCGACGAGAGGAUAUUGAGUGACCUGUUCAGCUACCUCAACCAGACUGCUUUGGCCGAUGGCAAAUUUGCUAUCAACGUGGCAGCGAUUUUUGCUUCACGACAGUUGGACGAGUUGGUGAUCGCGGAAACCAAGCUACGCAAUGCCAUGCUGACCAUACUGCAGCAAAACUUCCAGAACAUCGAGAAAAUCAAGCGGGAGGGAAUUGAAAAGUUCUAUAAUUCGGUGAUACUGCUGGGGGAGUACUACAACCGGAAGAAAUUCCCCAACGGAACCAGGAUUAAAAUUUUGGGACAAAGUUUGCUGCUACUGUUAACAACGGAGCUGGAGAGUGAGAUCAAGCAUUGCCAGGAGAAUGAAGGGCAUCGAAUAGAUCCGGAGUUCGCCAAGCUUAUUCUGUCACAAAUCACCCUGAAUGGCGGAGAAGCGAAAGUUGAACACAAGCAAGAAAUUGAAGAUCUCAACUAUUCGAUACGCAAGUGUUUGAUCAAUGUUGAUCGAAUGGCUGCGAGAGCCAAGGCGUAUUUGCUGAUGGCGUUAGACUUGUUCUAUGCUAAUUUUAAUUUGAACUCAAAUUUGCUGGAAAAAUUGUACGGCAAGUUUUUGUUCGAACCAGAUGAAAAUAGCUCGGGGAAACAGGCGGAGGUACAGAAAGAUGUGAUCGUUAAGAAAACAGAAAGUGUUCAGGAUAAACCGUUAACUAAUGGUAGUAAGACGGCGACCAAUAAAGGUUCAGAUAAGGUUGAUCCUGCUCGAAAGCAACGGCAAACUAAACCAGUUCCCAAUAAGCCUGCAAAGCCAGAACCCAGGUCUAAUGAAUCGAACACAAAGCAAGUUAAAAGUCCAAAUGUGCCUAAAAAGACGUCACCACAAGCUGUAGCUCCACGUCGUCCUCCACUAAAUACUGGCAAAAGGGAAUCCAAGCCUAAACCAGCAACGCCAUCGAUUCAAAAACAACCACCUGCAACAAAGAGAACGCCAACAGAAAAAAUCCGUCCACAGACUCCAGAUCACACAACUUCCAGAACACAGCAGUCAUUCAACAGCAACUCCCAAAACACCAACGGUAGUCCCAAGAGUAGUAACAAAACCCCGGCCGACAAUCCUUCGGUUCUGAAGCAAAACUGUAAACCAUCGCCUAAACAUUUGACCACUAGUCCAAUAAGUGCCCCGCGUAGUCCUACAAUUAGUCCGCUAAAGGUUCAGAUUCCACCGGUUGGCGUCGGCGUCAGCGCAUUGAUGACAUCGCCCAGCCACCAUCACCACAACAAUUCAGCCGACGUCGAGAACCUCGCCUGGGACGACCUGACGCUGGAUGACGAAUCGCCACAAAAAAUCAAUCCACACACCAAAUCCUUCCUGAACUUCCUGGCGCAGAAAUAAGCGGGCCAUGAUGGCAGCCACCGACCGAUUACGGGAUCUCGUUUAGAACAUUGUGAUUUUUUAACGUGUAUGUGGCAGUUUUUAAUUUAACAUCGAGUUUCGAAAUGAGUGCCUUAAAUUGUUGCGGCGAGCAUUUUUGUGAUAUUACAUCUUACAGACACGAGCGGAGAAGGAUAGGUUUCUUUCCAGAACAGUUAUAAGACAGAUGAUUUUUAGAUAAGUUUUACUUUCAAUUGUAAUUUUAUUUUUUUUUUAUCUGUGUUUUCGAUAAAUCUGUCAAUUUGUUUUUAAAAUGAUGUUCAAUGUAAAAUUGAAAAAGUGUUUGCUGCAUUUUUUGCUGUAAUAUGAUAUUUGUCUAAUAAACUAUGCUCGUUCCAAUACUUAAACUUUACUUUACACAAUUUAUUCGAUGAGCGAACUAAAAUAGACAACCCAAUAUGGAACAACUUGCUUGCCUUCUUUUCUUUUUAGCUAUACUUUAGGGAAAAUUUGUGUUUAUUUUCUUUUCCGCAUUUCGCUAUUAUUAUAUGAGUUCUUUCGUGUUUAGUGUAAGUGGUAAUAUUUUAGUAGGUAGUUAAAAGUUUAUACAAUUCUUCCAGAGGAGGUUUCCAUAUAUAGUCAAGCAGCCGUUCUUGAAGACAGCUCAAUUUUUGCGAAUCAUUAGGAAAAAGCUAAGAUGCAGGGCGCGCGCUGUUUAGGAUAGGUAAACCUAAGAAUUUUUUUAAGCUAGUAUAGCAAAUCGAUAAAUAAAAAUAUAAUGUUAGCAAAAGCUAUUUUUUUAU